AGCUGACACGAGCACAAGAACAGGAGAGCACAAGAAGCAGCACAGCAACGCUGACAAUUCACUGAUCCAGGAUGCUUUGCUCACGCACAUUUCAGCCUUCCUUUAGCCCAAUGAUGGACUUCCACUGGCCAGUACGCAGUCUUUGGCCUGAGACGAGACCUCUGUUCUUCCAGAUCGAACAAGAAAUGAUGAGGCACAUGCAAGAGAUGCGACACAACUUGGAGUUCAUGGAACGCAUCCACAGGAGGAUCUUUGACGAGAUCGACUUUACCUCACCUUCAGCUGUGUUCAAACCCAUCUCAUUCCAGCUGGGCAAAGAAAAUAACCGCUUCACAAUAACCCUGGACACAAACGAUUUCUCUCCUGAAGAGCUUUCCGUCAAACAAGUGGGCAAGAAGCUGCGUGUGAGCGGAAAGUCUGAGAAGAAGCAGGAUGAUGGGAAAGGGUCCUACUCUUACAGAUGCCAAGAAUUCCGGCAGGAGUUUGACCUUCCUGAUGGUGUGAAGCCUGAGUCCGUUACAUGCUCUUUAAAUGAUGGCCAGCUGCAGAUCCAGGCACCUAAGGAGACCUCUGCUGGGGCAAAUGAGAGAGUGAUUCCUAUUGCAUACUCUCCUGCUGUGAACAGCCCUACAGCUCAGAGUCCAGAUUCACAGAGCCAGCCAGCCCAGGAAGAUUCCACUAAGAGCGGAGAUCAGCCUCAAUAAUGUAAUGUGCUGAUUAAUGACCAUGAACUUUAGAACUAACUUAUUACCUAUUGUGUAGAUUUUGUUUUGAGACUGUGUUCUUCUAUGUUCUGCCAUACAAACAUGAUAAUUUAAUGUUCAUUUAAAUGAUUUUGUUUGGAAUGGACUGUAGGAAAAUACCUCAGUGUUGAAAAAUUUCACCGGAAUAACUGGCUUAUUCAUGUUGUAAAAUAAUUAAAGUAGUUUUUCAUCAAAGUACUUUUAACUGUUCUUUUAAGAUUUAUUUCAAAAUGCAUGCAACAGUAUAUCAAGUUUAUUAGUCAGACUACAACUAUACAUAAAAAAUGUUUUCUCAAAGUAAUUUAAUAUGGGUGAGAUUAAUGAAUUAAUUAAUUAAUAACUAAUUUCUUGUAAGUUUUUUCUUUGAAGAAUCCAGAUGACUCAAAGAAUCCUUUACAAGGAUGCCCUUCUUUUUUCUAAGACCGUAUAUAAUUGUAUAUGGGAUAUUUCAGGAAAUAUCUAGAUCUGUUUGGGUUUAAGUAAAUAAUAGAAAUGAUACAUAUUCUAAAAGAUAGUAGACUAUCUAACCUUAAAAAAACCUUCCAAGACAAUGAAAACUGAGUUACUUCAAAAAUAAACUAAAUUGUUCUAACUUUUUAAAUGGGUUUUGCUUGUACUAUUUGUUGUGGAAAUAUCUUCAAAGUCAUAUUUAUCUAAUAUUUAAUAUUAUACUAUUGCAAUAAAGCAAAUAUAAGUUUAAGCAAGAUAUUUCUGGAAACCUCUAGAUGUAUUAAAUAAUCUUAUUUUAUUGGCAGAUAAUUUCAAGCAUUUAUUUCUAGAAUGAAACUAAAUGAGCUGCCAAUGGAAAAAUGCAAUUUAAAUUUUAUUUUUUUUUAAAUAAUAAUAAUAAUAGAAAAGAAAUAAAAUAUGGUAUCCCCUGCCUUGUGCCCUGGAGACUCUGUGAUAAGACUCAAGGCUCCCUGUGAUGGUGCAUAGGAUAAGUAUCACAGAAGAUUGAUGGAUGUGUUUAUAUUUUUGAUUUGUUUUUGUCCAUUUCUUUAUAAAGCUUUUUAACCAUUCUCUGGAA